CGCAAAACCAAAGUUUCACAAUGCCUGGGAGAACACGGCCGAUCGAAAAGUUCGCAGAGGCUGCGGCCAAAUGCUCACCAGAAGGAGCAGUAUACGGCAAAUGCGUGGCGGCCAAUUACCAGAACGUCAAAAAAGAUAUGUGCGCGAAGGAGUUUCUGGCACUGAAGGAUUGCUAUAUUAAAGCCGCCGGUAGAAAGUCGUAAUGAUCAUCCAAUGAUACCCAAACGAUAGAGCAAAGAUUAUUUUGAACUCACUUGAGAGGCAUAUUGCACUCCCUGAGGCCGAGAAGACUUUUACUAUAAAUUUUACCACUACGACCAAUCUCACUCCGGCACAGAUCAUAGGCCCGCGGCAAUUGGGCUGCAUCGUGCCCGACUGUGCUUUCAGAAUCUCGACAGAAUCAGGUCGUAUCGCUAUCACGGACCGAGUUGGCCUUGCUCGCGUAAGCGCCCGAGUCGAAAUUGCCACUCGUGUCAAGGCUACGAGCAGACUACAAAACGGAGUUGCUGCCACAUGCUACUGCCAGACUGCCACAGUACUUCCAGAGUGGGCCUCCGCUGUCCAGCCAUCGCAGAUGAAGACCAUCGAGGAGGUCAGCGAUAGCAGCAUUCGGAAAUGGAGA